UGACUGGGGUUGACAGUGAUUGAACAGCAGCAGUGAAGCGUCUCAUCUGUGGUCAUUUGAUCCAGGAGUUGCAGGAGCCCUAGCGUUUCUUACUGCAGACUUAUAUCACCUGUGUUUCAUGGGACCAGAAGAGCUGCAGAAAUCUGCAGUGGUAUUUGAGUUGACCGGCUGUGGGCAGGAGAACUGAGUCAGGAGUCCAUCUUAAACCCAGAUCAUUGACGUAACCAACCCUCUGACAGGGUCAUGGUGUACCUGGCCCACACGGUUCACUGGCAGUUCCUGGGCCUAGUGAUUGGUUGUGUAGGCUGGAUCCUGACCAUGGCCACCGCGGGCCACAACGAGUGGAGGCUGUGGUACGUAGAGGACGUCUCCGUGGUAACUUCUGGCGUGGCCUGGGUGGGCGUGUGGCGGGCGUGUUUCUACAGCCACACUCUACCCGACUCAGAGUUCUGCCAGCCAAUCGGCAUUGCCGACCCGUUUGUUCCCGUGGAGAUCUCUGUGGCACAGGUGGUCAUCAUGGUAGCAGUGAUCACUGGACUCUUGGGAAACAUCCUUGGUGCGUACUCAGUGAGGAACAUCUAUUUUGGUCAGAAGACUCAUGACUUUAUCAGACUGACGUUCUCAGGGGCCGGUGGGCUGUACGUCCUGACAGGGGUCAGCUUUCUGGUCCCUCUAGUCUGGAACGUGAAAUCUGUCCUGACUAAUCAGACCGUAGCAUUCCCCCCAGAGUUCCACCUCCCUCCUGCCCCCCUCAGACAGGAAGUGGGCGGAGCUAUCUGGAUGGGGGUCGGUGCUUCGAUCUUCCUUAUCUUCGGCGGUCUCCUAUUCCUCUGCUACAGGUAUGUUAUCAGGGCUAAGCCAGUCAGUGGAGAGAACGACAAGGACCCUCUACAUGGGCCACCCAUAAGACUAAAGUCUAUAUUAGAGAAUGGAGACAAGGAGACGAAAGACAACCCUGCCUUCCAGGCUGAGGAAGACCUUUAGGGCCGAGGGCAGACAAACAGGCACUUGUAAACUCCCCGUCAUGGAUUUAAAAGCACAGAAUUGGUUUAAGCGUUGGCUGGAGAGAGUUUCUGCCAUUGUUUAAUACAUGCAAGAAAGGGUGCAAGUACACACUUUGGGAGAAUGGUGGGGAAUCAGAAUUCAACCAUAAAACACUGGAAAGCAGAACCAUAGAACACCCUUCUCUCUGUGAAAUUAUAAUUUUAGCAUGAUCGUUGAAGUUUAGAGUACAGCUUUGACAAGUGCAUAGACGCAGUGAUCUACAUUUUGGUCUCUGAUAAAUGUGACUAAUGAAAACUGCAAUUGUAUUGUUUGAUUGUAUAUAUUUGCAAACUAAUUUAUUUGAAAUGUUGUAACUGUAAUUUUGUAGUGAUCAUGCUUGUUGUUCUCGGGGCACCAUUACAAAUGAGACCCUGAUCUCAAUGGAUUUCGCAGUUAAACAAAGGCUAAUAAUAAAAUAUAAGUAACAUGACAAAGUUCAUGAAAUCCUUGGAAUGUUAUCAUGUGUAAAAUAACUUUUUUUUAAAUGAAUGGGGCAGCUGUACUGUAUUGUUACUGCAUAUAAUUUCAUAAUAAAUAGAUUUUUAUAUUGAAAUCACUUCCUGCUAUGUUGCUCCUGUUGUUGGACCCCUGUCGUGAAUGAAAUUAACUGUACAGCACCUCUCAGUGUGGUGCCAACACUUCAUACCCAGCUCUCUGGGGCUGCGUCUCUAUUCCCUAUGGCACCCUAUUCCCAUUAUA